AUGGUGCCAACCACCCGCGCCAUGCGGGCGCGCGCCGACGCCAGCGCCGACAGGCUUCCUCGUGACGCGCUCUCCGACGCCCUCCUGCGGCUCCCGGCGAGGGAGAUCUGCCGCCUCCGCGCCGUCUGCCGCCCGUGGCGUGCCCUCACCUCCGACCCGGCCUUCGUCCGCGCGCACGCCGCCGCCCACCCGGGCCCGCUCUUCGUCGCCAAGUUCCGCGACGACCCGGCGCACGUCUAUGUCAUCGACGCCGGCGGCACCGUCCUCAAGCGGGUCGCCGGUGCGGACGGCGGCGUCCACGUGCUUCGCACGCGCCUGGACCUGGCCUGCCUCGCCACCGACUGGAACAGGUGCCGGGUGCUCAACCCUGCCACCGGAGCGCUCCAGGUCCUGCCGCAGAGCUCGGCACCGCAGCACAAGAACCGUGUCAACCUGAGCAACCCGUACACGUUCUUCGCGCUCGGGCUGGUGGCCUCAACUGGGGAGUACAAGGUCUUCAGGAUGUUCAACCGCCUCGGCUUCCUUCUCGGCGGCGAGCAGCUCUUCGAGGUACUUACUAUCAACGACAGCAGUGGUGCUGCUGAUUCAUGCUGGAGGGCAAUGCCUAUGCCUAGUCUUUUUAUCGAGGCAAGCACCGGUGGCGUGGUCGGUUCGGUGGUGUACUUCUUCGUUAACAGAGGGUAUAAUCCUGUCACAUUAUAUUCCGAUGCUGGUGCUCGUUCGGACUACAUCCUUUCAUUUGACCUUGAGAGGGAGGAAUGGAGGAGCGGUCUCGCAGGGCCUAUUGGUGAAGAGAUUGACUCUGGGGAGGAUUUCCAGUCCAAAAGGUACCGAUUUGCUUUAGCUGAGCUGAAAGGCUCUUUGGUUCUAGUAUACAAGCGUCGCCAAAAGUCCAUAUUUGUCAUGGACCUGUGGUUUCUGAUGGACUUUGAGAAUGGGCUCUGGGAGAAAAAGUACACCCUUCGGACUCGAGUGAUCGCCCCGACUGGAGAUAAUCUGAAGCAUGUAAUACCAAUACUGGUUUUAAAUGAUGGGAGGAUAGUCAUCCAUGCAGCACCGACUGGAGUUCUCAUCAUAUGGAAUAAAUCGGAUCCACGGGUCAAUAAUUUCGUCACACUAGUGGAGGGCAGACCUCUUGAUUCGGUUGGUGUCUACACAGGAAGCCUGUUGAGUCUACAAUAG